GGACGGCGGAAGGGCGUACAACGGACAAUGACAAAUCUCAUGAUUCCUCAUCAUAUUAAUGGAGCAGGUAUAUGGGGUGUCUCUCUCUGAUCUCCCCUACUUCUCCCUAUAAUUAUCUCUCUAUUUCUUCUCCGGUUGACUCACUUGCCGAUUUCAGCUCUAAAGCGGAUACGAGCUAAACGGAUCUAGUCAUGGCGACCAAGACUAUUAUAGCAUUUGAUCUCUACGGGACGCUAUUGUCCACCGAAUCGAUCGCCGACGAACUAGCGAAGAUCUAUGGCGAAGAUAAGGCGAAGUCCUUGGCUGCAUUAUGGCGACGGUAUCAGCUAGAGUACACUUGGCGGAUUAAUAGCAUGGGCGAAUACAAGCCGUUCGGCGAGAUAACGCUGAAUGCUCUGCGUCACGCGGUGGCGGAACACGGUCUGACGCUUGCCGCGGAAGAUGCGGACGCUCUUAUGAGAUCGUACGAUGCACUACACGUCUUCCCGGAAAUACCUUCGGCGUUGAAGCUUUUGGAAGAGCAUGGCGACUCGGUCGAAGCUUAUGUCUUCUCAAACGGCACCGGAGAGAUGGUUGGAAACUCGAUCAAGACAUCUCCGGAUCUAGGACCUCACGCUUCGAGGUUCAGAUCGCUCAUUACAGUUGACGAAGUUAAGUGUUUUAAGCCGGACAGGAGAGGCUACGAUCAUCUUCUCGAACAGAUCGGAAGACGAGGGGAUACGAGUAAAGUCUGGCUCGUGAGCGCGAAUCCUUUUGAUGUCGUCGGCUCGAGGGCUGCGGGAUUGAAUGCUGCCUUCAUCGACAGAUCUGGCAAAGGUUGGAUAGAUCAUUUAGACGACAAGCGCGCCCCGUCCGUGGUCGCGUCAGGGGUCGACGAAGCGAUCAAGUUGAUUCUAAAGUAUUAAUUUAUUAUCUUUCAUGAUGCAUAUUAUAACUAGAUCAUUCUUUCAUAACAUAGCAUUUCACCAUCCAUCGCACAGGGUACCAACGUUGCCAAGCUAGAACAGACGGUUAAUAGAGUAAGUAGAAUAGGUAAGACAUGCCUAGGCAAUCUUGUGGAAGCUCUCGAUAGUCUUGAUGAUCUCCUCGGCAAACAGUUCCGCGUCGACCGG